AUGCUUGCAAUGCGGCGGUGCCACCUCGUGUGAGAGCUGCUCUGACAAAAUGGCAAGCAGCUCAAGAGACAAAACUAGCGCACCUGUGCCGCGUCGAGGGCGUGCCACGUGAUGAUUGAUUGCGGCCAGCGCUUUCCAAACGCAACAAAUCACCAGUCGCCGCGCAUUGCACAAGGUGGCUGCAAGCACCUCCAUCGCGCAGCCUGAUGGCCGGCGGGAGGCGCGGCCGCGGCCGCGGCCGCGGCCGGGGCGGCCGCGGCCGGGGCGGCGCCGCCGCGGCACAACCGUCGCCGCUGGCGACGCGCGUCUGCCUCUGGGAGUUCUCGCAGAACGACGCGCGGCGCGACAGCGGCUCGAAGCUCGUCCGCCAGGGCCUGGCGCGCCGGCUCGACGCGCGCGCGGCCUUCCGGGGGAUCGUCCUCGCGGCGGACGCCCCCCAAGUCCUGUCGCCGGCGGACGCGCCCAUCAUAGCGGCCCAGGGCCUCGCGGGCGUGAACUGCUCCUGGCGCGGCCUCGACGCCGUGCCCUUCUCGGCGCUCGGCCGGCCCGAGCUCCGGCGGCGGCUGCCGUUCCUCGUGGCCGCCAACGAGGUGAACUACGGCAAGCCGCUCUACCUGAACACGGCGGAGGCGCUGGCCGCCGCGCUGCGCAUCGCCGGUUUGGUACGGGACGCGGAGCUGCUGCUGGCGCCCUUCGCGUCGGGCGGAGCCUUCUUCGCGCUGAACGCGGACGCGUUCGAGGCGUACGCGGCGGCGGUCGACGGCGACGGCGUCGCGGCCGCCGAGGCGCGCUUCCUCGCGGACUGCGAGGCCGCGCGCGCCGAGGCGCGCGCGGCACGCGCUGCGCCCGAGGGCGGGUACCUCGCCGACGGCGACCUGCCACCGGCGGAGUCCGACGACGAGGAAGCCGACGGCGACCUGCCGCCGGCGGCGGAGUCCGACGACGAAGCCGACGACGAGGAAGCCGACGACGAGGAAGCUGACGCGGAGCCGCCCCCGCCGCCGCCGCCCGACGUCUCGGGGCUUGUGCUGUCGUAG